AUGCCUGUAUCUACAAAGGUACCCAAAGCACUGUUACAGAUUUUUGAAACUCAAAGUGACGAUGAAGAUUUCAAAGGGUUCAGGAAUUCCCUUCCAAUCGAAACAUCAUCCGAGGAUAGCUGGGACAGCAUCCAGUCACUGGAUUGGGUUAAGGGAGUAAGCAUGGCACUCAGUAUUGAUCUCUGCUUUCGCUCCAUGUAUAUCACUGAGGAGCUGGUGAAGGUUUUUACAGAGGACAUAGACUCCAAGGAUGAGGAGUUUGAGGGCUUUACAGAGGGGGAUCUGCAACUCAAUGACUGGAUGAAAUCCAUGUCCAUGGAUUCUGGUUCUGAAGAGGACAUUAGUUUCUCCUCUGAUGACGAGCAAGAAGUCCCUCCAAAGAAGAGUGUCUCCGGCCUUUGUGUUGCAUUCAAAUUCCCCGUCAAGAAGACAGUUGGAACACCUCUAGCAAAGGGGAAGAAAGAGUCUUUGAAAUCUGAGGAGGAGGAGGAGGAGGAGGAGAACCGCAAGGGGAAAGCCAAACCACAGCCCCAGAGAGCACACUCUGAUUCUGAACCUGAAGAAGAUUGUGAUAAUGCAGCAGACCAGCCAAACACUUUACAGAAACGGGCAAAGAACAUCAAAGAAAACAAAGACAUGCUUGCCAAGUUACUGGCAGAACUGAAUUCCAUGCCUGAUCUUUUCCAUAUGAAGACACCCAGUACAACUCCUAAACAGAAAAAAUCCCUAAAGAAUUUUCCAGAAAGACAGAGCGGGCGUCGAAACCCUUCCCGGAGAGCCCGACCCCCUGAGCGGUUUGGCUUGGAGGGCUUUUCCAUGUUGCCUACCAAACUAAUGGAGCAGCUGAACAGCAUUAGCAGGAGAGCAGCAAUGAGAAAGACUAAGGUGAAUGAUGAAGAGAUGAGCAGUGGCAGCCCCAAAAAGAGGUUUUCUAAACACAGCGAUCAGCGCUCUGUGGAAGACAUAACUGAAGAGGAACUAGAGAAUGUAGCCAUAUCCUUUAAAGACAAACUUUACGAUAAGAUUAACGGGAGCACUUGUCAUCAGUGCAGACAGAAAACCACGGACAGUAAAACAGUCUGCAGGAAUUCCAGCUGUUGGGGUGUGAGAGGCCAGUUUUGUGGGCCCUGCCUUCGCAAUCGCUAUGGGGAAGAUGUGCAAUCAGCACUGCUAGACCCUCUGUGGGUCUGCCCUCCAGGUAGAGGUGUCUGCAACUGCAGCUUCUGCCGCAGAAGGGAUGGCCGAUGUGCCACCGGCAUCUUGAUCCAUAUGGCCAAAUUCUACGGUCACGACAAUGUUAAGGAAUACUUGGAAAGCGUUCAGAAAGAGCUAUCAUUGGAAAAGUGAGGCCCCACAACUGUACCAGAGUUGUUGUCUUUUGGAAUUCUUCAGCAGUUUAAGAUCAUUCUAGUUGAACACUGACGAGCCUUUUCAACAGUUCAACAGCUGUAUUGUAAAAUCUUUGAUUAUAGUUCUAAUUCUUGUUUAAUCUCUGAGACUAAAAUUAAAAUAUAUGCUAUCCUUCACUGACCUGACCUACCGCUAAGCCAUUUAUAUUUUGCAGUCACAUAAUUAUAUUUUGAAUAAUCUACAAAUUUAGUACGACUGAAACACUCCACAAACAAAAUGCUGGAGGAGUUUCAAUAAGGGUCUAACGCAGCGAUUCACAACUCGGUCCUGGAGGGCCGGUGUCCCUGCAGGUUUUUAUUCCACCUGCACCCUAAAGUACAUUA